AAAAAAAAAUAUGACACUAUAUAAUAAAUAUGUGACCGCUGAGGAGUCUCUUACCAGUCCUCUCUUCCUUCUCUCUGUUCUUGGCCACUGCUAGCAGCUGAUCUAUAAUCGGGAGAGUAGAUCUGAAAUCUGUUGGCGAGAAUGGCUCGUAAGAAGAUCAGAGAGUACGAUUCGAAGAGAUUGUUGAAGGAACAUUACAAGAGACUCACCGGUCAGGAACUCGAGAUCAAAUCUGCGCAGAUCACGAAAUCGACAGAUCUAAAUGAUCUUGUUGAAAAGGAAACUUGGCUUUCAUCUGAGAAACUGGUUGUGAAACCUGAUAUGUUGUUUGGGAAGCGUGGUAAGAGUGGAUUAGUGGCUUUGAAUUUGGAUUUUGCUCAAGUUGUUUCGUUUGUGAAAGAACGGCUUGAUAAAGAGGUAGAGAUGGGGGAAUGUAGAGGACCUAUUACUACAUUUAUUGUCGAACCUUUUGUCCCUCACGAUGAAGAGUUUUACCUCAACAUUGUUUCGGAGCGACUUGGAUGUAGUCUUAGUUUUUCAGAAUGUGGAGGAAUUGAAAUUGAGGAAAACUGGGACAAGGUUAAAACUAUAUUUGUCCCAACAGGGAUUUCCUUAACCUCCGAGGUCUGUGCACCACUUGUUGCAACUCUUCCAUUGGAGGUGAAAGAAGUAAUUAAGGAAUUCAUUCAAGUCAUCUUUGCUCUAUUUUUAGAUCUGGACUUCACUUUCCUUGAAAUGAAUCCAUUCACAUUGGUGAAUGGAAAGCCUUAUCCACUGGACAUGAGAGGCGAGCUAGAUGAUACAGCAGCCUUCAAGAACUUCAAGAAGUGGGGCAAUAUUGAAUUUCCUAUGCCAUUUGGAAGAGUCAUGAGUGCAACCGAAAGCUUUAUCCAUGGUCUAGAUGAUAAGACAAGUGCUUCAUUAAAAUUCACUGUGCUGAAUCCAAAGGGAAGAAUAUGGACAAUGGUAGCUGGAGGCGGUGCCAGUGUGAUCUACGCUGAUACCGUUGGAGACCUUGGCUAUGCUUCUGAACUUGGGAACUAUGCAGAAUACAGUGGAGCACCCAAUGAAGAAGAAGUUUUGCAGUAUGCUAGGGUCGUUAUUGAUUGUGUAACAGCAAAUCCAGAUGGGCAGAAGAGAGCCCUUGUGAUCGGAGGAGGAAUCGCGAAUUUCACAGAUGUGGCUGCAACUUUUAGCGGUAUAAUUAGGGCCUUGAAGGAGAAGGAAGCCAAGCUUAAAGCUGCAAGAGUGAAUAUAUAUGUAAGGAGAGGAGGUCCAAAUUAUCAGAAAGGGCUAGCAAAGAUGAGGGCACUUGGAGAUGAAAUUGGCAUCCCAAUUGAGGUGUAUGGACCAGAGGCUACAAUGACUGGCAUAUGCAAACAGGCCAUCCAGUGCAUUACUACUGCUGCUUAAGUGGAUUCCAAUAAUUAUUAUGAAGUUUCUAUUUCAUUUGUAGUCAAAUUGUUGUAUCAAUAAUUUGUUGUAUUAAGUGGAUUUCCAAUAAUCAUCUUAGUUUAUCUUGGCAAGUCUUAGAAACUGCAGUUUAAUUGCUGGAUAUUUGGUAUAUUGGAUUCUUAAUCAAUAAUAUUGUUUUCUUGUUUGAGACAAA